UGUCUGGGGAUGAAAGUGGAAGUCUGGAUUCCGGAAACAAAAAAGAUCCGUUAUCAGAUUUAACAAAAGAUCAGUGUGUCGUUCUCUACACAAUGUUCCUAUGUAUGGGUGACUACAAUUCUAUCAUAAAAGAUGGCGACGUCUCUAUGGGUGACAUUGAUGUCUGGAAGAUACUGAAGGAGCUGAAGAACAAAGGACUGGUGAAGUCUUACAGUGAUCACAAAGAAAAGCGGAUUGCAUAUGAAAAAAGAUUUCUGAUAAUGAAAUCCUACAGAGAAAACUGCCUGCUGAGUGAGAUAGACAAGGACUUCUUCAUACAGGUAGCCUCAGAUCAAUCCAUAGAAACAUAUGUUUGGGAGUACUGUCGUCGUGGAGAUAGUUCCAUAGAAUCAGAAGACAUCGGUCCUAUAACAACGACAAGACUGAUUGUGGAGGGACACGGACGCAGGUUACCUUACUCUGUAAUAGCCAAACUUCCUGAUUUUUUCUUGGAUGACGAGGAAGUGUUUGGGAUGUUUGGAAAAUUUUGGUGCAAAGCAAGAAAUACAAACCCAUUGUCGGACCAAAUACCUGAUGAAAAAAUUAAAAACUUUUAUUCAGCUUCUACCAUCCUUUCAGGACUCAAGAAUGAAUUAAUUGAAAUGCAGCUGUCAGAGAAAAAAUGGAGCAUUUUGAUAUCCAUACUUAUGUCAGAGAACUAUUCCGUUCGUGUAAGUAUACCUUGGGAGGAGAAACGAAAAAUUAUUCAACAAACGUUUAAAGCAAUAGAAGAUGGUAAGGAGGGAAAUACAGAAGAAAAUUUCGUACUCCUAAAGGAAUUGGGUCAUUGUGAUAAAUUGAUAACUGUAGAUAAAGAGAAUAACAAAGUGUACUUUGUAUCAGAGGAGAUCCGACAUCAGGUGAUGGGCUACUUUGUUUUAAAUUGCUUAGAAAGUGAGAGGGAUUAUGAAAACUACCUAAAUCUUUCCUCAGUAGACUCAAUAUUUGAAUAUGCGCGCCCAUGGUCGUACAAGAGGAGUCUGAAAGAACGCUGUGUGUACCUACCAGAAGGCACGGAAAAGUCAUUCAUAGAAAGACUUGGUAUAGACGCCAUCAAGUUUGCAGCUGACAUUUACAAUUUUAAAUAUAAAAUAUCUUCAAAACUACAUAUACCAAGAGAAGUGCUAAAAUGGGACUAUGAUGCUCGAUGCAGAUACAUAGCAUGUGCUAAGAAAGGAACCCAAACAAUGCAUAGAGCUCGUGCAAUGAUUGUUGGUUGUGCGGGAGCUGGAAAAACUACUCUUUUAAAGCGACUACAGCAGCGAGAUAUUCAAGAGUUACGACAAAUACAGUCGACCGUAGGACUGGAGGUGUAUGAAAACUUAUUUGAUAUAGACAGGGAUCGUAAAUGUUUAAAAGGUCUUGAGGAAGAUGUUGAUACAGAAAAUAAGUGCCUACUAAGUGUUGUGGAUUUUGCUGGACAGUGUGCGUAUUACGCCUGUCAUCAGGUCUAUCUUAGCAGAAGAGCUUUUUAUCUUCUUGUGAUCGAUAUGUCAAAAAAGUUUGAUGAAAAAGUUGAUCAAGCAUUGUGUGAACAGGAAGGAACCAUGUUUGCAGACUGGACAUUUGGACAAUAUGUCAUUUUUUGGUUGAAAUCUAUCCACACCUACUGCGAAGAUGACACUCCAGUUGUUACCAUAGCAACUCAUUCUGAUGAAGUGCAAAAUAUGGUUAACAGAUCAAUUUAUGAUGACUUGCUGGAGCUUCUGAAGCAUGAGCCUGAUCUGAAGAAACAUCUUGACCGAGAACGCUGCUUCCACAUUGGGUUUCCUAAGGAUGAUAACGAGCAUUUAGAUAAACUUACAAAUGUAGUAGAAUGUAUCGUUUCGAUCGCUUUGGAAGAUCGUUGGAGAGAGAGCAUUCCGAAAGAGUGGGCAUUAUGUGAAGUAGUUUUAAGAGAAAACAAGCAAAAAGGAAAAAAAUGCCUCUCACUUACAGACUUUCGAAAACAAGUUUCAAUUAAAAAAAUUGGAAAAGAAAAGGAGACAUUUGAUGUGCUCCAGUUUUAUCAUGACAUUGGGGUAAUUUUAUAUUACAACGAAGAUAACUUGAAAGAUAGGACAAUAACAGAUGUGCAAUGGUUUGUAGACUGUUUCAAGUAUAUUAUAACAGAUCCAAAGCAUGCCAGGGAUCUUGUUGAGAAUGACAAAGAUUGGAAACACUUUUUUGAAAGCGGUUAUCUAUCUGAGGGAUUAUUGAAGGGAAUUUGGAAAAAGAAAAAAAUGGACGCAAGAAAAUGCAAUUCUACGUUGAAGUACAUGCAACGCCUUGGUUUGCUUGCUGUAGGUGAAGAUGCACACUAUGUUCCAUGUAUGAACAAAUUAGACUUUGGAGAGCAUCUAAAAAGUUAUGUUAUGCAAUUAGAACAAAAAACAUGUGUUUUAGUUUUCAAUUUCCGGUUCCUGCCAUAUUUCUUUUAUUUCCGUCUCAUAGUAGCCUGUAUAGUCAGCACAAAAUGGACUGUUAUCGAAGACAAUGGACAGAAGUGUUUGUUUAAAAACAUCGCUUUAUUUACGUUUAAAGAACACACGAUAGGUGUAGCUGUUACUACAUCAACAAUACAGGUUCAAAUAUUUAGACAAGGAAAUAAGCAGCUCAGUGGAGAAAUUACUAUGAAAAUAAAGAAAACGAUGGAAGAUGUCCUUAAACAGAUGACGAAAAACUUCCACAAGAAAACACUGUAUGAGAUCGGUUAUCAGUGUUCAAAGCAAGACGUAACUGAGGAAGAUCCCUUAUGCUUCAUUUCAGAGAAAGAGUUGGUUGGUAGAGGAGAAUUCAGUUGUCCCAAUCAUGGGUUCAAAAAUCAUCAUGAAAUCAAAGAAAAUGAUCUGCUUCGCUUUUGGAAAUAUGGAAAAAUGAAGGAUUCUACGGAAGUUAAAGAUGGCCAAGAAAACCAGAAAAGAGAAGAAUACCAAGCGCUAUUUAGAAAAGAAGAUGAUGAUUGUUUAAGAGUAAAAGAGCAGGAAGUAUUUUACUUACAAAAAUGGCAUCAAAGCAUCGGCAAUUUAACGUGCAGGACCAUAAACGGCACUAGGAAUGGGACGGCAUUCAGAGUCGGAAAGCGGUACCUGAUGACGGCAUAUCACGUCAUUAGGGACACGGUCGAUUACUAUUUAGAAAAAGUGAUAGAGUUGGCACAAUGUGACCCUGUUCGCAAGCGAAACUAUUCCAAAUUACUUAAAAAGCUGCAAGUGGAAAGAUCAGAUGUAGACGUGGAGGUGGAAAUAAGGAAUGGGAUUGAAAUGUGGAUGAAUAAGUCUUGUCAUAGUAUUUUAUUCAGUGACCUGAUUGAAGCUUUGGAUGUCUCUGGAUUCUUUACAACGAAAGAACAGGCUUCAAAAAUGAAUGAGGACUUAAUUUCCGUGGACUUUAGUUGCACGCGAGAACAAGGUCAGAGUGUGUUUUGUCCCCUUAAGGGAGAUAUUCCGUUCUAUAGUAAAGCAGACGACGUUGCUUUGUUGGAAGUGAAUGGAGGAGAUUUUUCAUGUCCAGAGUUUAUCUUGGAUUGCUCAAAUAAGAAACCAAAUCAAGUUCAUAUCGUUGGUUUUCCAUCGUUGCACAAUGGUGAAAAGAUAAUCGAUUCAAAGUGUCGGUUGAUUCCCUCAAAAGAGUCCUGGCCACAUUUUGAUGAUGCAGUUAAAUGGUGGAAUGAUAAAUUUCCUAGAGAAAAUCAAAUUGAAUUUAAGAAUACGUAUGAAACAGCCUUCAGUGGAAAUGGAAAAGUACAACUUAAUUGCUCAGAAUCUACAACUCAUGGAGCAUCUGGCAGCCCUGGACUUAUUUUUUCAGACAAAGAAAAGCCAAAGGUGUUUUUAAUGCUACAAGAAGGAUUUCCAUCAUUUGCUUAUUCUGAAAAAUUCAAGGAACAACUCAAGAUUAUUCCUAAAAGAUACCUUGUUGAAAGUGGCAUCAGCAUGUCUCGAGUUUACGAACUUCUUAGUCCAAAGCCAUUGCUUCAUUUACGAAAUGAACUUUUUCACCCAGAAAUUAGACACUGAGUAGAGCAGUUACAUAUGUAAAUAUCAAAGUAAUAUUCGGAAAAUAUUUAGAACAUUGUUCAGACUUAUGCGUUUGAUGUUAAAUACCAUGCAGAAUAAAUAAUAUACUGAUUCAAGGAGCAAUAUACAAUCUGUAUUCAUAUUCAUUAUACCCCUGUAACAUUUUUGAAGAAAAAGUAUUUAGAUUCCUUCUAAUGUUUUGAAUUUAGCGUAUCUGAUUUU